AUGGAGCCAUCUGCGGUUUGUGAUGCCACCAGGAACAGUUUUGUUGACACGCGUGCUGUUGUAGAUCUGCAGGUUAAGACACCUCAAAUUGUCCAGCCAGAGAGAGGAACUGGGGCUGCCAAAAGCGAGUACAGCUUCUCGGAACAGCAAACUUGGGUACGAACAACGAACCGCUCUUUCAGCUUUGUUGACGAGACCGAAGAUGUGGUCAACAUCCAUGCUGUUGUCACCGGGGAGCCCGGGGCCGACGACGGCAGCGAGAACACCUACUUAGGGACUCCACAUAGACAUGAAAGUCCACAGGACUACCUUGCUUUACUAUCUGCUGCUUCUUCUCCAGUUCCAGAUUUGCUGUCUCACUCUCGAAGCUCAGGAAUAAAAUCGCACGCCUCACAUGAUGCCCUCUACGGCCGGGAUGGCAUCAGGAAGCAACGAAGACACUUGCGACCCAGUCCAAACACGAGCUCUGCAACACAAGAUGCCAGACAAAAUCCAGCCAAAGAGUUCCAUCAUCACGACGACACGUCUGCAUCGAGCGGUCAUACUGGAGCCUCGAUACAAUGGGAUCUACUUCACCUUGGAGAAGAUUUGACACUCGAUUUUCCAAACAUCCAACACAUCUUUGAAGCGAUAGAUCCCCAACUAGAAGACAAAUCCACCGGCAACGACAGAACCUACGUCGAAACACCACUAUGGCCCCUUCAAGACCGUCAGGAAGCCUUCCUCUACAGAUACUUCGUCGACAACCUCGCACCUCUCUUCGACAUGUGCGACAACGAUAGACACUUUGCCAAGGUGGUGCCGAAGAGAGCAGUCUACUGCCCGACACUACUGAACGCGAUGUUUUCAGCUUCCGCAAAACGUCUUAGUCGAACAAUUGGCGUUGAUGGAGUCAUUGCCGACCGAUACCAUCAAAUAUGCCUUCGCUCGUUGAUCCCGGCGCUCUCGUCCUCUACGGCCGUCGUCGACGACAACCUUCUGGCUGCUGUUGUAAUCCUGCGCUUCACGGAAGAAGUCGAUAUCGGUUCCAUGACCCUCGAGUCCCAUCUGAUGGGUACUAGAAUCCUGCUGGCCGCCCAAGAAAACGCCGCCGAUUUUAGCGGUCUGCGACUUUCUGCAUUCUGGCUCGCCCUGAGGCAAGAGAUAUAUAUGGCCUUCGUUCACACACGCCCAGUCUAUCACAGCUUCUUCCCCAGCAUCAAACGGAUACAGGAACGCGGUAACAGCGACGAGAAUGCCGUGGAUUGCCAUUAUGCCAACAAAGCCGACCUUGAUGUAUGGUGGAAAGAGAAGCCAUGGUACUUCGACGCCAUGUGGGCAAACCCAGAACCUGGUUUUCUGCUGGAAGAACAGUACAUCACCGAUGCCGCUGUCGCUGGGUUACAGCACUAUCACCUGGCGCGGAUGCUCUUGAUCGCCCACAACCCUAAGGUUGCGAGGCUUGGUACGGCUUUCCGGGCAAUGGAGGAAGAACUCAAACAGACCGUUCGUGUGAUAUGUGGCCUUGCAGUGGCGAACGAGAGAACACCUCCAGCAUACGUGAACGCAUGCAUAGCAAUCACCAUGGCGGGCGAUCGUUUUACAGAUCGGAAAGAACAAGAGGAGUUGUACAAGAUCCUUGUCAAGACUGACAGGCGGUUGGGGUGGCCGACUCAUGCAGCACAGUCUCAGAUCAGAGAGGCUUGGGGCUGGGAAGACUCCCCAUCACCCCCUGCGAUGCCUAUUGCGGCCAUGUUAAACGCCCGCGCACGAGCUGGGACGGCCGAUUGA